AUGGGAACAAUGGAUUCCACCCCACCGCCGACUCCUCUCCAGCGAUACAGCCCACCACAAUCACUUGUUCCUCGUUUCACCAGCACAAAUGCAACACACCCUGUGUAUGACCCCAACCGGGGAGCACAGCUCAGGAGUGCCGCUGAUCGCGCGAACCCAUACCGGGAUAGACACGAACAAGUUGUCAAUGCACAAGGGCAAGAGCGGGCUCGCAGCAGAAGUCCCCGCCGUUCAACCCAGCCCGCUGACCUUUCUGAAUCCCGAGAACUACCACAAGGUCCCUUUAUGGGUUUCAACCAUUAUGCUCGGGAGAUGUAUGUUCCACCCGGAAUCAAUGACCUGAUGCCUCAAGAUCUGCCUAGCUCCCCGCCGAUACUAUCUCCAAACAACACCCAACGUAGUCAUGGUCAUUUUACUACUAUGGACCAUCCAUGGGACUCUCCAGGGCAGAGUUACCUUCUCAAGGAUGACAACUUGUAUGAAUACGGCCACGACCAACAUCAACAAGUGCAGGAGUGUGAUCCGGGGCCGCUAAGUCAACAGGCCAAUAAGCAAGUCGAGGAUACCAACGACAACAAUGAGGAUCAUUUAUGUGAAUUCGCCGCCCCGUGCCAGAUGAAUCCCUCGCCCGAUGGAAUGCACUACCGGAAGGUCGUGUCUCAUGUAUUUGGCAGAAACAAGGCCGUUACCAAGCUCUUCCCACUUGGUGUCUGGGUCCAUUAUUGCCGAAAGCACUACCAGCGUGCCCGUUACCGUGCAGACCAAUGGCCAUUUACACAAUGUGAUCUCCUGUUAGAAUCACUGACCCGAAUGGAGAAAUGGGAUGGAGUGGAGAGUUUCGAACUCAUCCUCCGCCGCCGAGAGCAGAUGCGUGUCGGGCGUGAAACAGAAGGCCAAGCCAUGACCGAGCCCGAGACUACUCCUUCUACCGGCCAAGCUCAUGAUCAAGGCCACAAGUCUUCGGCUGUCGUUACUCGGACUCCAGGCCGCAAACAUCCAACUGCUAUCAUUGCCCCCGUUCCAGACUGGCUACGCCAACACGUUGGUCACGGCAAGACGUUCCAAGAAAUUCGUCAGAUUAUCGAACUGGUGCGUAGCCACAUGGUCAGGCUGCGAAAUCUGGAAAGAACGAAACAGCAACUCAGUGAUACCCCCAAGUCUCCGGCUGCACCAGGAAGCCCUCGUCGAGGUGCAGUGUCGAAUCGCCGAAAGGGACGUACCCCCAGACCCGUCAACCGAACUAGCACUAUUCGUUUCCCCGAUGUUGAAAUCCUCCCACAUUUCAAGCCAUGGGUUAAGGAAGCUGCUAUCCGGCAGCGAUCUGCCACUACCUGUCCCACGAAGGAAGGAAAUAGCAAUAGCUGUGAGCCGGACCAGAGAUUUCACGGAGGCGGACAUAUCAUUGGGGAAAUCUCGGAUACCUGUGACAUCAAUACUCGGGCCGAAUCGAAUCAGCCAACAAAUAGCAACUUCACGACUGAUAACACCACCCCCUUCAGCGAUGGAACCUCCGAGUAUGUUUAUACAACCGAGAGGACUGGGGCCAAUCCAUCGCACGUUCAAGCUCACAUCGGCAGGGCUGGCACCAACCGUGGCCAGUCUGAGAGCCAGCGGCGACGCAGUGAACGGGUCUACAUCAAGGCCAUAGACCGCACCCCUAGCCAGCGCACUAGCAAGAAGCCUGGCAAAGAUGGUGAGAAAUAG